CGAUACUCGGAAGCUGGGGCAUGCGCAGUGAGCAUUGUUAGCCAACAUGCGCUCCCUUAUACUGCUCUUCUUGCCUUUAUUGGCCCCAGAAAGCGAAUGUGACCUCCUUCGGGACAGUGUCCACGUGACGUCAGCAGCAGCCAGACCUAACAAUGAGCUGUGGUGCUACAAGUGCCUGGCAGAAGUGCCAGACGACCGCUGUGCUGACCUACGACACAACAACUCCGCACUCAUACACAAGUGUCACAAUGAUCGCAGGAUGUGCAUGGUGAAGAGAUUCUCGUUCACGACGUCAACUGAGAAUUCGACGACGCUGCCAAAAAUGUGGGCGUUGGAACGCAACUGUACGAAACACUGCGAGCCGGGGUGCAUCGUCAUCGGGGAGCGCACGAAACUCUACGCCUGUACCUCAUGCUGCACCACUUCCCUCUGCAACUACGGCUCAGGCGCAGAAGAAAUGCACCUACUAGACCUUCUGAUUAUCACUUCAGUUGCCGUAUUCCUAGUCUUAUGACUAAACAUCCUAGAUUAAACAUUAACAUCUGUACCAAAGAAUUGGAUGGGAGUAUCUUGUUAGUAUAACAUCUACAUAUCCUAGAAGGAUUGUUUGAAGAGCGUGCCUAAUAGAAACGUUGUGCCAGUACUGUUAAGUUUCAGCUCCCGUUCUUUGUGAGACCAUCUCAAAUGACAGUUGAUACUAAUAUUCUUUGGACCAGAUGUGGACUACCCUACACACUGAACAACCACAGAUCAUGAAUUUGACAAGUGCUGACUAAGAUAGUCAUGCUUACUGACACUAAAAGCUGGUUGGUAUACAUUGUUUCAAUGUGUAGAGUCCUAAGGGCGGUAUCACAUUUACGUACAUUACCGACAACCACGUGGUCAUGCAAGCAAUAUGUCCGAUAAACAAUGCAUAAUUUGUCAUAAACUGUCAAACACCAAGCGGUCACCGGUGACAGCAACCUAUUGUUCUAUAAUUGUGUCUAUAAUGACGGUACUCGACGAGUUAAUGUUUAUAAUAGAAUAGUAUGAUACCACCCUUAGGUAAUGGCCUUUCCAUUAUCCCAAAACGAUUCGAAUUUGAAAAAGGAACCAAGCUAAAAUGAUGAUCAUAGACAUUAAGUAACUCAUGCGGAUUUCCAAUUUGAAUUUCUCACAAAGCAAGCAACAAAAGUGUUGAAUCGAUACCAAAAAUAAAUAAAAAAUAAUUGCAUGAAUUUUUAGAGCUGUUAAGUAGAUAGAGAAAGCUUUUCAAGUUUUUCAAAUAAUGUUCCUCACCUAACUGCUUGUAUCUACUUACCUAAAGUUCAGCUAACAUCUUCAUAGUGAUAGAUGCUAUUUUCAAUAAGAAUAAUAAAUAAUAUUUUCGUAUCUUUCAACAUAUUAUCUAAAUGUAGGUAGUGUUCAUAGUUAGGAGGAUUAAAAAAAUAUAUAUUCAAGUUCUUUCGGCCAUAAAUUUAUUAAGAAAUAUUUUUUUGUGUCAGGCAUCAUAUUAACAAUUCCUUUGUCUCAUAAUGAAAAAUAUUUUAGCUGUUAGAUAUCUAAAUUCUAUUAAAGUGUGUUAAAAAAAACUAUAAUUAGGCUAGGUAGAUAUUUAAUUAUUAAAAUAUACAAUUAUUUGUCAUCUAUUUGAUUUGUCUUAGAAAAUAAAGAAAAAAACGUAGAUACGAUUCCAAUAUUUACAACCAACCUUUGGGUUUUCGGUUCCAUCGAUGAUGAACCCACACGUGAAUAAAAAUGAGAACUCCAUUAUAUAACUGAAUUCACCUAAAAUUUUAGUCUUGAAUUACCUACUACAUAUUGUUAUUACACUUAUGAUUAACAAUAACAAUGUAAUAAUAUG